ACCCCCCCCAAAAAAACCCCCCCAAAACCCCCCCCCCCCAUUUCCCCCCCCCCCUUUUUUCCCCCCCCAAAACCCAAAAAAAUUUUAUUCCCCCUUCCCCCAAAAAAAUCCAAAUUUAAACCCCCCCUUUUUUUCCCCCCACCCCCAAAAAAACCCCCCCCCCCCCCCCCCUUUCCCCCAACCAUUCCCCCCCUUUUCCCCCCCCCCCCCCCCCCCCCAUCCACCCCCCCCCCCUUCUCCCCUCCAUUACCCCUCCAACCCCCCCCCCCCCCCCCCCCUUUAUCCAAACCCCCAAUUUCCCCCCAUUCACCCCCCAACCCCCCCCCCCCCCCCCCCCGGGACCCCCCCCCAUCCCAUUCCCCCCCCAAACCCCCCACCCCCCCUUUUCCCCCCCCCCCUCCAUCCAACCCCUUUUCACCCCCCCCCUUUUUACCACCACCAACCCCCCCACCCCUUCACCACCCCCCCCCCACACCCCCACCCCCCCCCCCCCUCCCCCCCCCCCCCCCCCCCCCCCCCCCCCCCCCAUCCACCCCCCCCCCCCCCCCCACCAUUCCCCCCCACCACCCAUCCCCCCCCCCCCCCCAAAAAAAAAAAACCCCCCCACCAUUCCCCCCCCCCCCCAUCCCCCCCCCCCCCCCCCCCCCCCCCAAACCACCCCCCCCAAAAACCCCCCCCUUUCCCCCUCCAUCCACCCCCCAUCCAUCCAACCCCCCCUCCAUCCCCCCCCCCCCCACCCCCCCCCCUUUUUUCCCCCCCUCCCCCCCCCCCACUCCCCCCCCCCCUUUCCCCCCCCCCCACCCCCCAAAAAAGCCUCCAUCCCCCCCCCCCCCCCCCCCCCCCCCCCCAUUCCCUCCACCCCCCACCCCCCCCCCCCCCCCCUUUCCCCCCCAACCCCCCCCCCAAACCCUUCCCUCCCCCCCCCCAUCCCCACCCCCCCCACCACCAACCCCCCCACCCCCCCCCACCACCCCCCCAAACCCCCCCCCCAAAAACCCCCCCAUUUAAAAAACCCCCCCCCCCCCCCCCCAAAAAAAACCAAAACCCCCCAAAAAUUUUCCUCCCCCCCCCCCCCCUUUCCCCAAAUUUUUCCCCCCCCCAACCCCCCCCAUUCCC